CACAAACAGCUACGGCGGCAUGAUUCUCUCGCUGAAUCCACAGCUGUUCGUGGGGACGGAUAAUUUCCCCUGAAAAUAAAGUCCUCAUUUUACUGUGGGUGGAAAUCAUGCUCAUGAAAGCUCGUGUCGUUAUAAAAAUGUGCGGCUGCACAUCAGCUUGACAGGCUAACAGCUGAAGCUAACCCAUUCAACAUAUGGGACUCGAGUAGACUUCAUUCUUUGUAGCACAAGUUUUUAUUUCUUUACUUUUCUUCGUAAGUUGGAGGCUAGACCUUGGUAGAAACACUGCUGCUUGUCAUUAUAAUACCGUUAUGAAAAAAAAUGGAGUCGCUAACUACAAAUACUGACGUGCGACUAACGGUGACCCGGUGUUUCCGCACACUCAAGUCAUCCACGGACAGCUCAGACAUCAUCACGGCUCUUCGGACACUCCACUCCUACUUGGAUGAAGGACCGGACAGCACAGCCACCUCAGCUGAGCGUGCAGAGUUCAGGAGAGCUCACUACUCUUCCAGUCUGCAGCUGCUGGUCAGCAACAUUCAGGCUGACUGGUUACACCAGCUGACAGCAGCCCAGCGCGCAGAGCUGUGGGACGGCCUCUUCCUUGCAGGACCUCCAGAGCAGGCGCUCCUGGUGCUGAUGGAUGCAAUAGGAGAGCUGAGACCCACCUCAAAUCUGGACCACGUGGUCAGCAUCACUGAGAAGUUCCUUCAGCGUCGUCGUCUGGCUGAGCUGCUCUGGUCCUACUGUCUGGAGGCAGCGCCCUCUGACUCGCCGCAGCUCAGAGAGAUGCUGCUGGGGCGUAUUAGCGCGUUGCCAGACAUUACCGCCAACAAGCUACAGCUAAACAACAGAGCUCUUUUCCGUCCUCAGCAGUACUACCCACUGCUGGCCACAGAAAUGCUCACCGCCCUGGAGCGCACCUGCCAGGCACUCAGAGCUGGAACGGACUGUUCUUUGACUUUUGUGGCUCAAACACUUGGAAAAGUGUGUAUCCAGGGGCACAGCGGUUCGGUCCUGGCUGUGAUGGCUCCUCGUCUGUCCGCGUGCACGCGCUCAGACAUGGUGUGGCAGAGGGUUUGCUGGAAGCUUCUGGAAAACGUUCCCCAGCGAUGGAUGGAGAGCGUGCUCACUGGGCUGGUGCAGGCUGUUAGUGGGCCGGACGCACUGGGCAGGAUCAUCGGAAACCUAGUGCUGACAAAUAAAAAGGCUCAGUUUGUCAUCACUCAUAAACUUCUGUUACUGCAAUAUAAGUAUGAGACUCGUGUUCUGAGAAUUAUUCUGGGUUACCUCGCAGCAGACAGGGAUCGCAGACCUCUUCUUAUCCAGGUUUUACGGUCUGUGUCCCAGGCCUGGGCUAACUCCAGCGCAGUGAAACACACGCCUCUGGAGCAGCAGUUAUACGUCAGCAAAGCCCUCCUGCUGAGUGUGAGCCUGCUGAAAGACUCUGAGAUACAGGAGCUACGCUCAGAGUUACUUCAGUGUAUGCUUGGCGGCAUGCAGACCCACCUUGACAGCAACGUGGUGCGGAUCAGGCAUAUGGGGAUGGUGAUUGGAGAGUACCUGAGCUCCCGCAUGGAUAUCAAUGGAACCAAGCUUAAAUUUGAGUACGAUCAGGACGAAGAGACUCGUGAGCUGCUGUCUCUAUUGGCUCCUGGCGCCUGUGACGAACCAGAGGCUGAGCCCGUAAAUAGAGCUGACGGUCCUCAAGAGACCGCUGAAACAGCUGAGUCAGCUCAGAAUGCAUCGCAAACUACAUCAGGAGCUCAGGCAUUAAAAACGGAUCCAGACUCUGAUCUCGAUAGUGACGAUGAGCUCACUCCGUACGAUAUGUCUGGAGAUCAGGAGAUCAGUAAGGCGUCCCCGCCUCGCUACCUACGAGACUGCCUGGAAAUUUUAAUAUCCUCUGAGGACCCAGUGCGCGUGGAGCUCGCUUUGAAAGCUGCUGAGAGUUUGGUGCGGAAGAACAGUUUUGCAGCCAGAGAGAUCAGUGUCCAGAUGUCCAAAGUCCUCCUUCAUAUGGACGACAAAUACAACAUUAAUGGCUUCCUGUACCUCAGGCAGGCGACGAUGGUGGCUCUCACUGUCACUGACUGUAUUCCUGUGGCUCACUAUUUAACCACAGAGUUUUACUCCUUGAACUACAGUCUGCGCCAGAGGCUUGAUAUGUUGGAGGUCCUUGCCUUAGCAGCUCAGGAGCUCUCUAAACCAGUCACUGAAAAGAAAGCUGCAUCCAUAAGCUCUGUUACAACAGCUGAGUCGACUCCAUACCCCGGUGACAACCCUGUUCACUGGCAACAGGUGGUAGAAAAGCGAAUCCAAAGCAAGACAAAACGCCUCACUAAGAAAGCCGCCCAACCUGUUACUAAGGCAACACCAAACCGCUACGCCCCUGUUGCUGGGCACUUCUUUUUCCCUCUGCUUAAAAACUAUGACAAGCCUCAGGUGACCUUUGACUUGUUGGGCAGUGACCACCUGGUACUGGGCAGGCUGAUCCACACUUUGGGCCUCUUUAUGCAUCUAGCAGUCAAUGCACCGAUUGCCGCACAGAUGGGCUGCGCUUUGCUGGACUUUGUGUGGGCAGUGCGGUACCAUGCUGACCAGAUGGUGAGACGAGGAGUCCUCUUCGCUGUUUGCUCUGUGUUUCUGAGCAUGCCCAGUCAGAACCUGCUGGUGGACAUCAGUGAUCAGCUGUUUGAGACCAGGUCUUGGCUGGCAGAUGUUGCUGAAGGAGACCCGGAUGCAGAUUGCAGGAGUCUGGCGGUGCAGAGCCUGGUGCUGCUGGAUAAGAGCCUGAAGAAGCAGCUACAGGAUCCACAAGCGCCGACUGUGGAGACGUGACACAACGUCAGCAAUGCACAAUGACAUUCUGGGUGUGUGAAUACCCACACAUGAAGAGAAUGCGUCUUUAAUGUAGAUAUGGAUAUUUGGUGGCCCAAGUGGCCAGCCUAGGGGAAAUGGCUGAUCCCAAUGGUCCAGUGGAUGUUAAAGGAUGUUCCUUUAGCUCAGGCAUGAAUCCUACUUACUGCAGGUGCUGCUUUUUUUUUUUUAAAUAUCCUGCAGCAUAGUGCCAACAGAGAGCUGAAGAAGGAAACAUCUUCUCACACAUGCGCUAAUGGCACAUACACGGGUUUGUGUAUUCAAUGUCCGAUUUACAAACCAAAUGAAAUAUUAGAUUGAAGAUGAAGUUUUCCUUAACUAAAAAAAUGUUUAAAAUGUAUUAAAAUAUUUUGUUAUGAGGAUAUCCUUUCUCUGCUUCUUUCCUGUAUGGGUACUCUCUGUACUUUGGUUGUUUGUUUGCAGAGGACAUCCUGUGAACAUUCACAUGAAUAUCACACUGACAAAUAAUGGAAAUACUAUUAGUACUUCCUGUUGUCAUGGUCAGAGGAAAGUCCACCUCUGCAUUGUCUGAUAAAAUGAAACUACAAUGUCUUUUUUUAAUUAAUCUGUUUGAAUUCAUUUGGUUAAUUAAAUUAAUUAUUUUCAUUGUUAAAAAGUUAAAAUGUUUCAGACAACUGUUUUCCUUGUUCUGUCUAAAGGUUUAAAGUGCAUUACACUGACAGUUUUGUACAUUAAAAAGAUUCUAAGUUUAUUUUUAUUGAGAGAAAGUGUAGGGUUUUUUUUUUUCUUUCAAAUAAUUACAUCUGAUGACGAUGGGAAAUGAUUGGGAUUUCAGUGUUUUGCCAUGUAUAAUUAUACUAGUGCUAAACAAGGAAAUAAAAAUUAAACAUGCCUAGGUUAUGACAAAAACAAUAACAAUAAACAUAGUUUGGUCUUUAAGUUUUUGAAUAGAGGUAUUUGUUAUUUUGUGGGUUUACCUGUACACACCACUACACAGUAAAUGCAAUUCAAACUAUAUGACUGAAGUGCAGACUUUCAGCUUUAAUUCAAAGGUUUAACAAGGAUAUGACAUUAGCUGGCUUUUAUAUAAGUAACCAGGCAUCAUCAAUAAACACUAGUGACCUGGUUCUAUUGGCAGCAAACUCUAAUCUGUCCUUGUUAUUUGUGAGUGUGACCAGUGGUUUGCACCUUGUAGUAAACCCUCCGUAUUUCCAUUU